AGAUGAUGCGCUGAGUAUCGAAAUGACCUCGGCGUCAUUCUUACGAUUGUACGUAUCACACGCGGGUACUUCGUUAAGUAUAGAAUAAUCAAGUAGAAUUAGAACAACGCGUUAUAGAUCCGAGUAUAUUAAUUUUCAUUUGUUAGUUGUUGAUUCAUUCGUCAUUUAUUGUAUAUUUGAUCAUGAUUCUUUCUGUGAAAAUCUGUCGAGAUUUUGUCAUUACGUUUAAAAAUGUGUUUAGCAUACGUUGUCUCAUGAGAAGUCUUCGCGCAUGUGUUCGGCACCUGAAUACUUGUUCCUUCGAAUUUGGUUAGAAAAGACACACAUAAAUUAAGAUAAAAACUGCCAAUAAAGGUCAACGAAAAAUGUAAUGUGUAAUGAGUGAUAAGCAGACUGCACCUAUUUUGCCACCCCUUAAUGGGGGUGGAGGAAAUAAUGGGGGAAACAAUGGAGGUGCGCCACAGCAAGCUGUUAAUUUGCAAGUUCUUGCUAAUGCUCAAGGACUUAACGUCCUUACCACCGGUUCUGGGCAACAAUUUGUUAUUACUUCACAAGUUCCUGGUCUUACACAGGUUAUAUCAAGUAAUGCAACAACCAAUUCAAAUAUUCAACAAGUUGGUGUUACAAGAAUUGUUAAUAUUAGUAGCACACCUCCACGUGCUAGUACUGUGGGGGUUGCAGGUGCAAGCAGUUCAUCUCUACCAUCUCCUACCCGCCAGAAUUCACCUAAAGUUGUUUUAGCAACAUCUCCAAAACUUGUAAGAACUUCUAUUGGAAACAUGUUUGUUACACCAACCUCUCAAACUUCCAUGCAAUCACCACCUGCCAGGAAGAAAUUGAAGUUAACAGAUUCUACUGAGAAACCUACUAUGAUUGCUGAUGAUGCAAUGGGUUAUAGAAGAAGAAUAAUGGAACACAAAAUGAAAAGAAUGCGUGCAAUAAGGGAGAAAUAUGCGGAAAAUGCAUCAGAGUUAUUCUUUCUUCAUGCUGGAGGCAAUAUGAUGGACUUUCAAACAUGGAGGAAGAGACCUCCGACACCUCAAUAUUUGCAUUUUUUACGACAACAUAGAUUAGAUCCAGACGACGAUGACGAGGAUUUAACAGUGCCACUGCCACCAGUAUCAGAAAUUCCAUUAACACCAACUGUGACAACAACUGUUUCUACAAUAGUUCCUGUGAAUCAGUGUACAGAAGUAAAGAUCUCUGCUAUGGGUGUUGCUCCAGUUGCGGUAUCUACGACAUUACCUGCAGCAGUAGCCCAACUUAAUCAACAAGGACAUGUACCAGGCAGGCCUCAAGGGGGCCGCCAUGGCAUGGUGUUUGCCUUCAGAGCAGCAAUUCAAUCUUCACCAGUCACCGUUCACCCUCCACCUACUUCUACUCUAGCACCCACGCUCAUUAUAGGCAAUGCACCAAUAGUUCCAAGUUCGCCAAAAUCUGUAACAACGGCAACAAGUCCUGUUACUGAUAAACCUGUAAUAACUACAUCUGUUACAACUAUUACUACCACGACUACACCCAGUCUGUCUGUUACUGGGACUACUACAACUACUACUUCUGUUACUACCACGGUUACCGCUACUGCUGUUACUAAAACGUCCACUCCACCUACUACAACUAGUUCUCAGCCUGUAAUUAAAGUUGUUAAGUUUUCUGGUUCUAAUGCAACUUCACCGUGUGAUAUCACAAAUAACCAGGAACAAAUUGUAGAAAAGGCAAAGCAGGAGGCAUAUGUUAUGCAAAGAAUUGCUGAAUUACAACGUGAAGGAUUAUGGUCGGAAAGAAGGUUGCCUAAAGUACAAGAACCACCUCGUACAAAAGCUCAUUGGGACUAUUUAUUGGAGGAAAUGGUUUGGUUAGCUGCUGACUUUGCUCAAGAAAGAAAGUGGAAAAAAGCUGCAGCGAAGAAGUGUGCCCGUAUGGUACAGAAAUAUUUCCAAGAGAAAGCAAUUCAAGCACAAAAAGCUGAGAAAUCACAAGAGCUUAGGUUAAAGAAGAUCGCUAGUUUUAUCGCUAAAGAAAUCAAAACAUUUUGGGCGAAUGUAGAAAAAUUGGUCGAAUACAAACAGCAAACGAGGCUCGAAGAAAAAAGAAAACAAGCGUUAGAUCAACAUUUAAAUUUCAUUGUUGGUCAAACAGAGAAAUAUUCAACCUGGUUAACAGAAGGACUUAACAAAACUGACGGGCCUCAAAGUAUACCAGCUUCUAUGAAUAGUUCAAGGAUUUCUUCGCCAGUUCCACCUGGUAAAUCUCAUUCCGAUGAGGAUUUCCAACCAAAUCAAAGUUCGGAUGACGAUGAAGAGACUAUAGCUAAAGCAGAGGAAGAGUUAAAGUCUGUAACAAAUCAUAAAGAAGAGGUUGAAUUGUUAAAGAAAGAGUCAGAAAUACCAUUAGAAGAUCUCUUAAAAGAAUUGCCGCCAGAUUACUUAGAAGAUAGAAGUAAAAGCAUGUCACCCACUUCAAAAGAAGUUGCAGAAGAAAAUGAGAAAGCAGACGGAGAUACAGAUUUUGUUGCGGCAUCUGACGAAUCCUCCGAUGAAGAGGAAACUAUUAUGGAACAAGAAAAGUUGGAAGAAAAUACCGAUUAUAAGCAGGAACUGGAUGAUCUCAAAGCUGAAAACGAAAUGUCCAUUGACGAACUUAUGGCGAAAUAUGGUAAUGUGUCUGAUGUUCCAAUGGAUGUUGAACAAGAAUCUGUUCAAGAAUCAGAUAAAGAAAGCAUCAAAGAAGAAGAAAGUCAAGAGAACGAAGAAGAAUCUACUAGUAAUGAAACUGAAAGUGAAGAAAGCGAUAAUGAAGUUGAAGAACCGGCGUCUCAAACGCAAAGUGAUAACGACGCCGAUAUUGGACUGAAAUCUUUGUUAGAAGAUAUAUCUAUGGAGAAAUCUUCGAGUGACAAGACUGCAGAAAUGGAUCACUCGGAUGCUAAUGACGAAAUGGAUAAUGUAGCAGCAUUGGCAGAAAGUAUCCAACCCAAAGGAAAUACUUUACUUACUACCAGUGUUGUCACCAAAAUUCCAUUCCUUUUAAAGCAUUCUCUUCGAGAAUAUCAACAUAUAGGAUUGGAUUGGCUUGUUACCAUGUAUGAGAGAAAAUUAAAUGGUAUUUUGGCAGAUGAAAUGGGUUUGGGUAAAACGAUACAAACAAUUGCUUUACUUGCACAUUUGGCGUGUGAGAAAGGCAAUUGGGGCCCACACCUUAUAAUAGUACCAACAUCGGUAAUGCUUAAUUGGGAAAUGGAAUGUAAAAAAUGGUGUCCAGGUUUUAAGAUUUUGACUUAUUACGGAACACAAAAAGAAAGAAAACAGAAAAGGACAGGUUGGACAAAACCUAAUGCUUUUCAUAUAUGUGUAACAUCGUAUAAGCUGGUUAUACAAGAUCAUCAAAGCUUUAGAAGAAAAAAGUGGAAGUAUCUUAUAUUGGAUGAAGCUCAAAACAUAAAAAAUUUUAAAUCACAGAGAUGGCAGUUAUUGUUAAAUUUUCAAACGCAACGGCGAUUAUUGCUUACCGGUACACCUCUUCAAAAUAAUUUGAUGGAACUGUGGUCUUUAAUGCAUUUUUUAAUGCCAAAUGUAUUCCAGUCGCACAGAGAAUUUAAAGAAUGGUUUAGUAAUCCCGUUACUGGAAUGAUCGAAGGAAACAGUGAAUAUAAUGAAAAUAUUAUUCGUCGACUGCAUAAGGUUUUACGGCCUUUUUUAUUACGGAGGUUGAAAACGGAAGUAGAAAAGCAAUUACCCAAAAAGUACGAACACGUGGUUAUGUGCCGCCUGUCAAAACGACAGCGGUAUUUGUACGAUGAUUUCAUGUCGAGGGCAAAAACAAAGGAGACUCUGGCUAGUGGUAAUUUAUUAAGUGUCAUUAAUGUAUUAAUGCAAUUGAGGAAAGUAUGCAAUCAUCCAAACUUAUUUGAAGUGAGACCUACCGUGUCACCAUUUCAAAUGGAAGCUAUUGAAUAUGUUACAGCUUCCUUAGUAUGGAGUGCUCUUGAUUAUGAUCCAUUUAAGCAUAUUGAUUUAGCUAGUAUUAAUUUUUUAUUAUGUGAUUUGGAGCUGACUCUUACUGCAUUUGGGGCACAUAGAGUUAAACGAUUGCAAACUCCGCGAAAACUUAUAGAAGAAAUAGACAGCCAACCAGACCCACCGCCGAGAUGUCCACCGGGAAAAAUUAAAAUUAAUGUUAGAUUAUCCAAUCAAGUUAAGCAAUCACCCACUCCUCAACCGACUCAAACGAAGAUAAAGAAUUUAGCUGGAAUAUUGCCUACUCCAAGGGUUGGAACAUCCCCUUUAAUUAAAACGGCAAAUAAUCAAAGUACUCCAGGACAAGGCGUUACUUUAAGGGUACAAGGAGGUCAACAAUUACAAGGAUAUUCCGUGCAAUUGGUCCAACAUCAGGGUAGCGUAAAAGCAAUCCCUGUUGGAACACUAGCACAUAACCCACAAAGUACAACAGUGACACCAACUACAGCAGCAACGAAUGCACAGAGGAUUACAGUAGGGAAUGCAAAUAUUAGAGAUGGACUGCAACGACUAGCCACGCAGACAGUUACAGUUAAACAAGGUGAUUCCGUCCAAAGAAUAGCAGUGCCUAGUUUUGCACAGCUGGUUCAAACAUCUACCGGUAGACAUAUCAUUCUGACAUCAAAUCAGCAAAACACUAACACAGUCUCGUUUCCAGUAAUGACACCAAGCGGACAACGCUUAACAGUUUUAUCUAAAUCUUUGAUGGGCCUAUCUACCUCGGCAACUACGGUAAACAAAGUUAUAGGAGGAGUAGUAACAACCACGAGUGGUACCAGUGGGCGACCCGUAAUGAGGGUGCCACCGCUUAAUGUUACUGCAUCUCAAACACAGUCUUCUCCAACUGGCAAUGGACAAUCUCAGCAACAAUCAAUCCGUUGUGGUAUUGUUACUAGACACGCACAAAAAGAAUCAGAAAAGGCACAAACAAAAGAACGUCCAAAAUCUGAAUUCUAUUUGCCACAAUUGGAGGAAGAAAGGAAACAAAGACGGCAAGCUAAACUUCGGCUUCUUGCAAACAUUAAUGAAAAGAGAUGUGCCGCGUGUCCUCUCUAUGGUGAAGAUUUGUUUAUGGCAUUACGAAUUGGAAAACCAUCAACAGCGUGUCGAUGGCACAAUGGUUGGGUUCAUUGCGCGAAUGCUGAAGAUAAUGUACGUACGCGAAAACAAUUUUUUUCUCGUACAGAAGCACUUGCGGAAGCAAUCAAGAGCACGGAACAAAUUGUCGAGGAGCUUAAAGAAAUUUUCGAAAGGUUCGUUGUUCAUGUUCCUGCUGUAUGCGCACCUCCUCCACGUUUUCAUGUUUCUCAUCCUCCUCCACACAAGUUGUACGCUCAGCGUCGUAUGCAAAUGGAAUUGCAACGUCAACUAUCACCGAAAUUGGCAUUGUUCCAUCCAGUAGCUAGUGCAAUGAUGACGCAAUUUCCUGAUCCCAGAUUGAUACAGUACGACUGUGGCAAGUUGCAAUCUUUAGAUCAACUUCUUAGGAAGCUUAAAACCGGGAACCAUAGAGUCUUAAUUUUUACACAAAUGACGAGAAUGUUGGACGUAUUAGAAGCUUUUCUUAAUUUCCACGGUCACAUAUAUUUGCGUUUGGAUGGUACUACUAGGGUAGAUCAAAGACAGGUCUUGAUGGAAAGAUUUAACGGAGAUAAGCGAAUAUUUUGUUUCAUUUUAUCAACGAGAUCCGGAGGUGUGGGUGUGAAUCUUACAGGAGCAGAUACUGUUAUAUUUUAUGAUAGUGAUUGGAAUCCUACGAUGGAUGCCCAAGCACAAGACAGAUGUCAUAGAAUAGGUCAAACACGGGAUGUACAUAUUUACAGAUUAGUAAGUGAAAAGACUGUUGAAGAAAACAUUCUGAAAAAGGCCAAUCAGAAGAGAUUGCUUGGAGAUUUGGCUAUCGAGGGUGGAAACUUUACAACUGCUUACUUCAAGAGCUCUACCAUUCAAGAUCUUUUUAAUAUCGAUCAAUCUGAAAACGAUGCAACGGCACGAAUGGCCGAAGUAUUGGAACAAAAUAAAGAUCGAGAAAAAUAUUUGCAAAAGGACAAUCAAGGUCAGCUUGUGGACGAUAAAGUAGCAAUGGGUGCGCUUGAAAGUGCUCUCGCUGCUGCUGAAGAAGACCUUGAUGUCCAGGCUGCAAAGACCGCGAAAGCGGAAGCUGUCGCGGAUUUGGCAGAAUUCGAUGAGAAUAUACCAUUAGACGAUGCAGAAAAAGAUGACAUGCAAGUCAGCAAAGCUGAACUUGAAGUACAAAAUUUAGUAUCUCAGUUGACACCUAUAGAACGUUACGCGAUGAAAUUCGUGGAAGAAUCAGAGGGUGCAUUUUCUGCGGCGCAACUCGCCGCAGCUGAACGCGAAUUGGAACAACAAAAAAAAGAGUGGGAGUUAGAUCGGUUACGAGCAUUACGCGAGGAGGAAGAAAGACGAAUGCGGUUGGCUGACGACGAUGAGAAGCCCUUAACGUUUGGACGCGAGGAUGCGCAAAAUCAGGUUAAUAGUGCUAGUAAUUCUAAGAAAUUAGUGAGUAAGAAACCAGUUAGGAGGAGAAAUUCGCGUAAAAAUAAUAAAACUACUCAAGAGUCGGAAAGCGAAACUGAAACUACUACAGAAUCAGAGUCAGAAUCGCAGGAAGACGUGGUAGAGGAUAGCCUUGACGAGGAAUCAAGUCACACAGAAAGUCAGAGUCAAGGGGACGAAGACGAGGAGGAGGAGGAGGAGGCAAAUGAUCAGAAUGAUUCCGAGAAAGGGGGGUAUCCGAAACGUAAAAAUCGUUCUAAUAAAUCGUUUAGUCAAAAUCAUUUUGAUUUGAAUAGUCCGCGAACGAGAUCCAGAGGAAACGUUAAAAUUAAUCUGUGGACUUUAGACGUCAGUCCUAUUCUACCAGGUAUAAAGCCGAAAUGUCGAGGUCGGGCCAGUAAUCUGCGUAAGCAGCGCGAGCUUGAAAUGAGAAUGAAAGCGGAAGAAAGUUUUGUUUUGCCUUUACCACCUGUUUCGAGUCCGAAAAAAUUAAACAAUACGAAUGCCUCGAAUAAAUUUGACGAAGAACAGAGUACUGAUUUAAAUUGCAUUAAUAACGAAAGUAACAAAACUUCGCCUGUUAAAGAGACACGCGACAGUGUUGGUAAUUAUAAAACAAUCACGAAUCAUUACACGAAUUCAACGUCUUCGUCAACGAUAAAAUUUACUAAAACUGCUACCACGGAUGAGUCUAAUUCUAUCACGUGCUUAGAUUCUGUAGAAUCAGAAACACAUUUUCGCUCGUGUAAUUCACCUGACACCUCGGAACGAUUUCAAGCUUCUUCAGAAUCUGAUGUCAAAGAUGAUAGUAGUGAAGUAACGCAAGAUCUAACGGACACCAGUGGAUCUUCGACACGAUCUACACACAAGUUAACAGUCCCGUGUAGUAACUCCGAAGAGGAUAUGAAUUCGAAUGAUGAUUCUGAAAACUCUGACGUCAAUAUGGAUUCACAGAGCGGUGGUAAUUCUAAUUCGUCGGCUGAAUUGUCGGGUACUUUGAAAACGAUUUCUGAUUCAAAAUCUUUAAGUAAUUCUAUCACUUUGGAGAUAAACGAAGAGAUCAAUAUAUCAGAAAAUUCACUGACCGCUCCCGUAAAGAAUAAAAUGAUUCUUCAAGAUACAAAGGAAACCAGCAAAGAAUGUGUGACAGAAAAUUUAAGUAAGAGUCCUGUAAUCGAUACCUCAUCCCUCGUCGAUGAAACAAACGACCAAUUAAACGCGGAACCGUCUGUUCCUGCUGCAGAAUCGAAAACGCUAGAAAGUAAAACCGUAGAAUCCCAAAAUGAAAUUAGUGAAAAAGAAAGCAGGAGAUCGAAUAAUCGUGUCGAGACAAAGGAAAGCAUAGAUGUAGAACCAGCGGUAACAAAUAAGAAAGAAACUGAUAGAAGUGAUUCAAAUUUAGAUGUAAAAAACGAGUCUGUUAAUGAUAAUAUAAUUAAUUCUGUGAUAGAAAGAAACUCUAGUCAAGAGUUUAGUAACAAAGAUGAAAAAUCUACUAAAUUAGAAGAACCUGCGCGUAAUCGGAACGAGGAGAAAGCUCAGCCUACUUCCUCUGAUAACACUGACAAUAACUCUACUUCGGAUAUACCUAAAUCAAACAACUCGUCUGAAUCUGAAUCGUACACGGAGAGCAAGCAUAAGUUUCGUAAACCUGACCCGAUAUCGUACGGUAUCACAACGAGAAGCGCGAAAUUAAAUCAGAGCGUGGAAAAUUCGGAAAGCCAGUCGAAUUCGAGCGAUUCGUCCGACACGAAACAAAACGAACCAUCGAAUUCAACUGUUCAUCGAAAGGAAAUAAAUAAGGUAGCUCCUAUUCGAAGACCCGACACGCCUCGGCCUAUGGCGGAGCCAAGCAGAGUGACGAGAUCAAGCGCGGGACGUUCUUUAACACCUCCUCCGCCAAGGAACAGUCAUAGUCCAACGAAAACGAUCCAAAGAAGACGACCAGAUACUCCUUUACCGGAAUGCUUCAAAUCCUCUCCGCGACCAGCAACGAGAUCUAUGACCAGCGUGAAUUCACCAGUGAGAAACGAGGAACAAAACGCGUCGUCGUACGAGAAACCGACGACCCGUAGCUCGAAAAUCAUGGACAACGGUUUCUUGAAUCCGGCUCUGUUUCGUAGAAGCAGAUCGAUACCGUCGAUGAAACCAACGUCGGACUCGAAAGAUUCUACUAUUUCAACUAGAUCAAAGAGGAUCAGCGACUCCGCCUGUGUAAAUACUAGUACGGUAAAACGGCGACCGGACACGCCGGUUCCUACCUUCGAACAAAUGUCGAGGGUCACUCGAUCUGGCUUGAAUUUCACGUUGAAUUCUGGGAAAUCGAGCGGUAACAAUUCGUCGGGCAGAGGUUCGAAGCACGCGAGGAAGUCGGAUUCGUCUUCCGAAUCGAAGGUACACGAAGAUGAAUCUUCAACCUCGGAGAAAAUGGAAACAUCGAACACGGAUUCGAAUGGGAACGACGUUCCCUCGGAUAGCCUGACGAAGCAGGAGGAAUCAAAGUUACCACCUUUGAACGACGCGAAUGAGAAACCGCAGAGAACCGCGAAGGUGGUCGCUAUUCUUACUCUGGACACGAGAAGCAAUCACAUCGGCAAAGCGUCCAGUUCCGUUCACUCGAAAUCAUCGAAUUGUAAUUCCAGCGAGUCGAAGGGUAGUAAAAAAAACGCCGAUUCUUCUAAUUCGAAUUCAACAACGUCCGACUCGGCUGGGAAAAAUUGUCUCCUCAGGAUCUCGGACGUGGCGUCGAACUGUAAAUUGGACGGAUGGCAUGGUACUGGAUUAGACGGUACCCGUGAUCGUAUCUCUUCUAACGUACUUUCUAACGUAGCAGGUACUUACACGAACGCGAACAAUAAAACAGGGAAAUCGUCUACGGUGAACAAAGUAACGUCCUCCCCUUUGAAUUCGAAACUUAAAACGGACAAGGUUCCGUUGCCUGUACAGUCGACAGUGAUAGCUUUAGUUGAUCUGGACAAUGAUCCUAAUUACGACUCGUCCGAUGGGUCGAAAAGAUUAAGGAGAAAGAUCAAACGAACCCGUUUAACGUCAUACGCGAAGUCAUUGAUAAAGACGAACGAAUCGCAGAUGAACGAUACGUUAGACGAUAAAGAGGAGCAAAUACCUCCGUUGAAGAAAUCGGUUCGUUCUCAGCUUACUCCUCCUCCUCCUUCUUCGCAAACCACUCAAUUGGAGAAGAUCGGCAGUAAUAGUAUAUCUUGAGUCUCGCUAAAACUUUAUCGCUGUAACAUUUAGCAGCGUAUUUGUAUAAAUGUUUCUCACGAUUCAGACACGCAUAAACAUUUUGGACUGUUACUUGGAGCAGCGUGCGCAUAAUCCAAGUUCUAAUUAAUUAAUAUUAAAUUUUUUUUUUUUUUUUUUUUUUUUUCUUAAUUUUUCACACGAUUCUUGUAAAUAAUUCACAUACAAAGUAAAAGGAAGCGAGAUGUUUCUUUCGUUGUACUGGGUACACACGUGUAAUAUUUUUUAGCAUUGUAAAUUCUGCUCUCCUGUAAAGGUUUCUCUCGAAAAUGUCUCUAAGUGACAUUUGUAAUUUAUACUUGGUGAUAAAAAGAGAAAAUGAAAUGAAAACAAAUGGAAAAGGAAGAUUUAAGAGAUCCGACUGUGUAUGAUAAUAGGGAUAGAAAAAUGAAACCAUUAUAGCUUAGUUGAUUAGUAAACGCCUGCAAAUGAUUAGUCGCUUUUCGCGACGAUUUUGUGGUGUGAUCGUAUAUAAAAGAACAAAAAAAAAACAGAAUAAAACGAAAUACAAUAGACAGUCGAUUCAGAAGUAAAAGAAAAAAAAAAAGAAUAACGUAAUUCUUCUGUAAAUGCGCCGUACUUUGCUCUCAUGUAACGCCUUGUAUUAUAUAACUUUGCAAGGUGACGACCUGAUUACAUGCUAGAUUUUAAGAGGUUUAUUUGUUUAAUGGUAUGUCCCACUGUAAUAUUUAAGUUGCGUGCCUGUAUUUUGUAUGAUCGAGUGAGUCCGAGGAAGGAAAUAAACAAAAUAUUCCUUGCUACGAA